AUGCCGCACACCACCAAUCAAGAUGCCCAGAAAGGCAUUGAGCCACUGGCGAUUGUUGGCCUCGCCCUACGCUACCCCGGCGAUGCUAACACCUCAGACGAAUUUUGGAAGCUGAUGAUGGACAGACGAUGUGCUUCCACUAAGGUCCCCUCUGACCGUCUCAACGUGGACGCACAUCACCAUCCCGAUACUUCACGGCAUGAUAGCCUAAGUGUCAACGGAGGACACUUCAUUUCCGGUGACAUUAGUGCGUUUGACUCUGCUUUCUUUUCAAUCCCUCCUGCGGAGGCCGAGGGCAUGGACCCUCAGCAACGUAUCAUGCUGGAAACAACAUACCAGGCUUUUGAAAAUGCUGGGAUCUCGCUGGAGAAAGCUUCUGGGAGUCAGACCUGUGUCUUCACAGGCUGCUCGUCGAACGACUACGCUACUUUGUACUCCAAAGAUCCCCAAAAUGGGGGGAAAUACUCAGCUUAUGGCCAGGCGAUGAACAUGACUGCAAACCGGUUGAGCUGGUUCUACAACCUCAAGGGACCUAGCUUGAAUGUUGAUACCGCUUGCUCUAGUGGACUGGUGGCGUUGGACGCGGCUUGCCAGUCGAUCUGGAGUGGUGUCUCCACUUCGGGUCUCGUCGUCGGUGCCAACUUGAUAUUUGCUCGGGAAUUCAGCAACGCUCUUGACAAUCUGGGUGUUCUUUCCCCGGACAACAGAUGUUUUACUUUCGACGAGCGCGCGAAUGGAUACGGUAGAGGCGAGGGAGUGGGAGCUGUCGUUAUCAAGCCUGUGAAGGAUGCCAUCCGUGAUGGUGACACUAUCCGCGCAGUUGUCCGCUCCACCAGGUCCAAUCAGGAUGGUCGGACACCGGGCAUCACACAGCCUGAUCGCGAGGCCCAAAGAGUCUUGAUUGAAGAUUCUUAUCUCCAGGCUGGACUGGAUCCUGCUACAACCCGCUACUUCGAGGCUCAUGGAACCGGAACCUCAACGGGAGACCCGAUAGAGAUGAGAGCCAUUGGCACUGUCUUCAAACAACACCGGUCACCAGAACAUCCUCUUUACGUGGGAUCGGUGAAAUCCAACAUUGGACACCAGGAGAGUGGAAGCGGGAUCGCUGCACUGAUCAAGGUCAUUCUGUCCCUGGAGAAGGGUGUGAUUCCUCCAGUUAGCGACAAUUUCCACUCGGUCAAUCCUGCUAUUGAUGUGGAAUAUUACAACCUAAAGGUUGUUUCAAGUCCUGUUAUCUGGCCCACUGGACUUCGUCGGGCGUCAAUCAAUUCAUUCGGGUUCGGCGGUACGAAUAGUCACGUCAUCUUGGAUGAUGCCCUUCAUUUCCUUGAAAGCCAAGCCUUGACAGCCAACCACACCUCUUGCGCCCACCCUUCAUUGGAGCAACAACCUACCAACGGAUUUGCUACCAAUGGUUCUCUCGUCGUGUCAGCUCAUACUAAUGGGAUUCAUACCAAUGGGACUCACGUCAAUGGGACUCAUGUUAAUGGAUCCCACGCCAACGGCUCCCACCCUAAUGGAGAGAAACCAGAUUAUCGUUCCUUUCUAAACGCGGACAACCAUAAUCGGAUCAUUACAUGGUCGGCAUCUGAUGAUGCUGGCAUUGAGCGACUGGCACAAGUGUGGAAGGACUAUUUCAAUCAUGUUUCAGUGGCCGCGAAGGGUUCCGAAACCUACAUUAACGAUCUUGCUCAUACUCUCAAUCAAAGACGCAGCCACCUGCCAUGGAUGACCUACGCCCUCGUUGAUACCAACACCAAGUUCGACGGGAUUGUGGAGAGUUGGAAAGCGCCAGUUCGGCGCCAAGAGAGCCACAACAUGGCCUACGUAUUUUCGGGGCAAGGGGCUCAAUGGGCAGCUAUGGGCUGUGAGCUAUUGUCUCGAUACCAAGUCUACCGUCAGAACCUUGUGGAGGCAGGUCAAUACCUGCGCAGUCUUGGCUGUGAAUGGGAUCUUCUUGACGAACUCCAGAAGAGCGAGGAAAAGUCACUAGUGAACGAUCCGACUCUCGCACAGCCACUUUGUACAGCUAUUCAGAUUGCGCUUGUGGAUCUGCUGUCUUCAUUCGGCAUUGAACCAUCCACAGUCAUUGGUCAUUCUUCCGGAGAGAUUGCUGCUGCAUACUGCGCUCAUUCUAUCUCUCGUGAGUAUGCUUGGCGUCUGGCCUACUUCCGUGGUCUCUGGGCGGCAAAUCUCGCAACAUCUUCCUCCAUGGAUGGAGCAAUGAUGGCAGUGGCAUUAUCAGCCGAGCAAGUUCAAUCGUUCCUGGACCGACUAAAUGACGAGGGAAAGCAACAACGCGUCAGUGUGGCUUGUGUGAACAGCCCCAGGAGUGUCACUCUCUCUGGCGAACGAAGUCAGAUCAACAAGCUACACAGCAUGUUCCAAGAGCAAGAAAUCAUGGCCAAGGUUCUACCAAUUCCUGUUGCCUAUCACUCCUUCCAGAUGGAGGAAAUUGCGAUUGCCUAUCGGGAAAGCGUUGGAGAUGAUGCCAAACGUCCAUUGCUGAGUCCAGAAUAUCACUCGCCUCAAAUGAUAUCUUCUGUUGAUGGAGAGUGGGUUGAUGGUGAAAGGCUAUCCAGGGCUGAAUACUGGGUUAGCAAUCUGCUAUCGACUGUGCAGUUCCUGAAUGCUUUCAAGAAGCUCUCCGCUGCUCACCCUGGCCCGUUGACAAAGAAGCUGGAUGGCUCUCAUCGAAAACGGAUAGUGAUCGACACGAUAGUGGAGAUUGGACCCCAUGCUGCUAUGCGAGGCCCAUCUCGCGAUAUACUCAGGGAAGCUGGCCGCAAUAUGCAAGUUCAAUACCUAUCUGCCCUGAUGCGGAAUACCUGUGGAGUGCAAACCUUGCUGCAAACAAUGGCACAGCUGCGCUGCAUGGGAUUCCCUGUGAAUCUCUGCAUUGUCAAUUCCAAACCAUCAAAAGCGACAAAGAAACAGCCCAAGGUACUCACAGAUGUUCCAUCGUAUCAGUUCAAUAAGUCCAAAUCAUAUUGGCGCGAGGGCACAAUCAGCAAGUCAUUCAGGUUCCGUCGGUUUGGAAGACAUGAGCUUCUCGGGUGGCCUGAUUAUGACUGGAAUCCAUUGCUUCCUAAAUGGAAUAAUGUUCUACAACCCUCUGAUCCCGUUUGGGUGAAGGACCAUCAGCUGAACAACACCAUCCUGCUCCCCGGUGCAGCCAUGCUUGCUAUGUCAAUGGAAGCCAUGAAGCAGCUUCAAACUGUGGACAAGGAGAUAAGCGGGUUCAACUUCAAGAAUGUGAGCUUCAUGUCGGCAUUGGUUGUUCCAGCUACGAAUACGGGUGUCGAAACCCGAUUUUGUAUGCGGCCACAGCGUGAUGAUGAAUCCGAUAAUGCAUGGUACGAGUUCACUCUCUAUUCUUCCAACGGCUCAUGGGUGAAGAACUGCACGGGUAAUAUUCAGGCAGUCGUCGGAAAGCCUCACGAGAGUGCAUCCCAUGCCACUGAAUCAACCUCGUUGGAAACAACGGCGGCACUGGAUGAGCUGCACGAGAUGAAGGACCAUGCCACGACGGUCCUAAACCCAGCUGAUUUCUAUGAAAGUCUCAAAAGAUCUAAGCUUCAGUUUGGUCCAUCUUUUGAGGUAAUUGAGAGCGUUGCUACCAAUCAAGUCGAUCGAUCGAUCAUGGAAAUCAAAACAUACAGAUCAGGGUCACCUGCACGCUGGAACGAAGCAUACACCAUCCACCCAACGACCUUGGACGGUCUCAUGCAGAGCACUCAGUUGCUGCGCUCUCAGGCGGGUCAUAGAAGGAUUCCAGCGUCCAUUCCCAUCCGCCUGGACCGGGCAUGGAUAUCCAAUACCGGGCUCAAUGCCUCGAGCACACCCUCGAUCAAGGUUGGAACAAAGCUUCGACACGAAGGUCGCCAGGAAUCUACUUUCAAUAUCACAGGCGUGGGUCACGCUACAGAAGAGGUUCUUAUGAGGGUCGAAGGCGUCACUUUCAAAGCAAUUGAUUUCCAACACUCCACCCAUGACGAAUCCUCUCCGCAAAGCUCGAAGUGCCAUAGAAUCGAGUGGAAGCCAGAUUUGGACCUCAUGAACGAAACGAGUAUCCUGAAACUUUUCAAGGAUUCUGUCUCUGAGACAACUGGGCUAGGCUGUCACUAUCUGAACAUGGAAUUGAUGAUCACAGGCUUCAUCUCCCGGGCCGAAAGUGCACUACUUGAACGUAGGAAAGAGAAUGAUGCUUUGGCUCAGGUUCAACCCUAUAUGGACUGGAUGAAGCGUCAUGUGGAGCUCAACCAGAUUGGGAAGUCUCCAUUCAGCUCUGAGUACUGGCAAGAAAGGAUUCGAGGUGAAGAUGAGUUUUUGGAGCUUUGCACUUCCGUUGAAGAAGCUAGCCAGCAAGGAAAAAUGCUGGCAAAUAUUGGAAGAUCACUUGUGAAAUACUCUCGUGGCGAAGGUGAAGGGCAACUGUCUCACAUUGUUGAUGUGGAGCAGGUGGAAGGGUCUUAUGAACAAUUGUUUGAAAAUGCUCCCGGGGCACUCCGUUGGCGAGCAUACAUGGAAACACUGUCUCACAAGCAUCCGGAAAUGAGAAUACUUGAAGUUGACGGCAGCGCCGGGUCUGCGUCCCAUCUUCUUAUGAAUACCUUGGCGCCAAGAAGGCCGGGUGGUCACAUCAUUCCACGUUUUGCGCACUUUGAGAUUGCAAACAGCGAUCAAGGUCGACUUUCGGCCCUUCAGAUGCGCCUAGGGGACUCCAGCCCCCGAGUUUCCUUCAAACAGCUUGAUGUUGGGGGAAAUCUUGGUUCCGAGGUCCUGGAAGACAACAAGUAUGAUCUCGUUGUCAUUUGCUUGGUAUGGAUCAACUCUUCUCAUGUACGGGGGAAAUUGGUUAUAAUUGACAUGGUAAACCCUGAAGCCGGUCGCAGCGCUUUUGUGAAUGGCUUGGAUGAAAGCUGGUGGAUAAACAGUGAGGAUUACCGAAGCGGUGGUCACUGCAUUGGUGAGUCCAAGUGGAAUGAACUUUUGCGGCAGUCCGGAUUCUCUGGGUCCGAUCUUGUCUUCCGUGACCAUGAUGACCUUGCCUGCCACGAGGUAAGCAUCAUAGUAUCAACAUCUGUCCCAGGAUCUUCUGUGGAUGUCGAUCAUAUCAAUCCUCCUGUGGCAAUUCUUUUGGAUCCAACACAGCCUUCGCAGCAAGGACUUGCCCAGGAGUUGGACUCUGAGCCACAGAGAACAUUUGCCCACUCUGUGGAACUUUGGUCCAUCAAAGAAGCCCUUCCAACUCCAAUACCCAAGGAUUUGAUUUGUGUGGUUCUUCUGGAGUUUAAAAAUCCAUUGCUGGCAGACAUGGAUGAAAACCUCUUUCAGAAACUCCAGUAUCUAGCUGGAGGAUGCCGCAAAGUCCUAUGGGUCAGCUCCAAUGGUGGAACCAAAGAGUCGCCAUUUAAUCGAGUUGUCGACGGUCUCUUCAGGGUCCUGAACUCAGAAGACAGUCGGAGCACAUUCACCACAUUGUCCAUUGAGAAUGCAGCUUUCCAGGUCAACCAUAUAACCCGAGUGUUGAAAGCGAUGGAUUCAUAUCCAAACCCUGAAACGGAAUAUGUGGAAAGGUCAGGCUUGCUUCAGAUUCCACGUCUUGUUGAGGCUCCACGACUUUCCAACGCCGUCAGUCGACUUCGAUCCUCGAAAUACCCUGCACGCUUGAACUGGAACUCCACGCCUCCUCUAAAGCUUGCCGUCGGUUCUGGCGGCACCCUUGAUGGUCUCCAAUUUAUCGAAGACAUGGACCGCAGCUCACCUCUCCCCGCGGAUAUGCUAGAGAUCAAAGUGAGGGCAGUUGGUGCAAAUUUCCGUGAUGUGCUAGUCAUGCUUGGGAGGAUGGAUCAGACUACUCUGGGCUUCGAGUGCGCCGGUAUAGUGACACGAGUUGGGAAGAAUUGCACUGACUUCCAAAUCGGUGAUCAAGUUGUUGGAUGCAACCAUGAUAGCUACCGAACCUACGCACGCCUGCACCAAGCUGCCGCCAUCAGAAUACCCUCCGGAAUUUCUUUCAGUCACGCAGCUGCCAUCCCGACAAAUUUUGUCACUGCGUGGCAUAGCUUGGUCUGCAUUGCCAACGUGCAGCCCAAUGAGACCGUCCUGAUUCACUCUGGCGCAGGAGGCACAGGACAGGCAGCCAUCCAGGUGGCUCAAUAUCUUGGGGCCAAGGUGAUUGCGACCGUUGGAAACGAGGAAAAGAAGAAAUUCUUGAUUGAUCGUUACGAAAUCCCUGAGUCUCAUAUCUUCUCCAGUCGAAACACCGACUUCGCUGCGGGUAUUCGACGAUUAACGAAGGGCCAGGGUGUUGACACCGUGCUCAACUCCCUAUCUGGUGAGGGCCUUCUCGCAUCGUGGGAAUCCAUUGCGCCUUAUGGCCGGUUCCUCGAAAUCGGCAAGCGCGAUAUCCUGGCUCAUGGUCAGCUUGAUAUGUACCACUUUGCUCGUAAUGUCACUUUCAGCGCAGUUGAUCUGGCUUUGGUCGUGCAAGAGCGGCCGCAGCUCAUUGGAAAAGCUCUACGGGCGCUGAUGCCACUCUUUUCUACGGGAACCCUCCGUGUGUCUGGCCCUCUCCGUGUACAUGGGAUAGAUGAGCUGGAGACAGGGUUCAGGACCUUACAGGGUGGACAAAGCUCUGGAAAAAUUGUUUUUGAGAUGUGCGGUCAUGAACUCGUCGAUACCAUGAUUACACCACAAUCAUCCCACAGUUUUGACCCCAAUGCCACCUACAUCAUCGCUGGAGGCUUGGGAGGCCUAGGAAAGAGCAUCGUUCGAUGGAUGGUUGGAACUGGAGCUCGGAAUUUGCUUCUCCUUUCUCGCUCGGGGGCACAGAGUCGUGAUUCACAAGCUUUCAUGCGAGAGCUCGCUAGAAAUGACGUCACAGCUCUGGCUCCUCCUUGUGAUAUCACGAAUCGCUCUAUGUUGGAGGCUGUUCUGGGGGAUGUGUCCUAUUCUAUGCCCCCAAUCAAAGGAUUCAUUCAAGCUACAGUGGUUCUCCAGGAUGCAAUGUUCCAGCAGAUGACACAUUCGCAAUGGGUCCAAGCAACAACCCCCAAGAUAGCUGGUACCUGGAACAUGCACCAGCUCCUGCCAUCAGGUCUGGACUUCUUCAUCAUGCUCUCCUCCAUCUCGAGUAUCAUGGGAAAUCGGGGCCAGGCAAACUACGCUGCAGCCAAUGGCUUCAUGGACGCACUAGCACAUCACCGAAUGGCCCACGGUGAGAACUCAACUUCACUAAACUUGGGCUUCUUCCUUUCCACUGGACUGGUUGCGCAAUCCACCUCCUUGAAAGACCGGUAUACUUCCAAGUUACCUUUCGAUCCCGUCACGGAGGUAGAGCUUCACGCCCUUCUGUCCCUUCACUGUGAUCCAUGCACCCCUCGAUCAAAUGAAAAUGGCUGCCAAACAAUCUUUGGUAUCACAACUCCCAAAGAUGUCUACAAAAGCAGCCCCGAUGCUAUAUAUUGGCUCGAGAAACCCGCCUUCCGACACAUCAUUGCCGUUGAACACGCAGAGGGCGCCGGAGGAGGCUCACCUGAGCAACACAACCAUAGUCAAGCCGGAAAAAGUCUCUCAUCUGCAGACUCAGUUGAAACGGCUGGUGCGCUGUUAACCGGACUGCUGGUUUCCAAACUUUCGAAGACUCUAGGUGUUCCAGAAGAGGAGAUACAUGGGGAAAGACCCCUGCAUAGCUAUGGAGUUGACUCCCUAGUUGCUGUGGAGCUCCGUAACUGGUUCUUCAAAGAGUUUGAUGCAGACGUGGCGAUCUUUGACAUGCUCGGCGGCACGACAAUCGCGGCAGUGGGCCACCUCGCGGCUGGUAAAGUCUUUGCCAAGCGGCAAAAUUGA